GAGAGGUGUUUGUGGAGGGGAGUGGUCAGCAGCCAGAGAGACCUCACAAAGAUCUGCCAGCAAGGUAGACGAAGAGGGAUUGGAGGUUACGGUUUGUCGGCACGGAGUGCUUCUCUGUGCAUUAAAUAUGUACAGGGGUGAAAUUUUUGCCUAUCCCCUGUACCUUCAAGAAAACUUGGCCAGUAGGCAAGUCACUUUUUUUUUGUAUGGAUGUGACCUGCAAAUAUUGGCCCUACCUGCAAAGAGUUACAAAAAGCUGCCCAGAGCUCCGGCACCUCCUUAACAUGAGACCAUUCCUUUCGGUAUUUCAUGCCAAAGCCCAUUAUUUUAAAUGUGAGGUGAAAUGGAGCGGGUCGUAUCAGGAUGGGGCUGGACUAACACUAGGGGAGGAGGUGGAACAGUGCAAUGCCUUCCUCUCUAGGAUUGCAGUGACAACAAAACAUAUGUCAAAAGCAGGACGCACAGACAUGCUGACUCUCAUGGCCAUGCGAUGGAAUCAGCAAAAGUUCCGAAAUUUGGCAGUUUCACUGACUCGCCGAUAUCAGAAGACCAGAAAAGCUCUGCAAAGCCAGUUACAAAACCUAGAGUCCUUGAAAGCCCAAUUGGCAGUGACAGAGAGCCAACUGGAAGACUGGGUCAGUGAUGUAAAGGAGUGGGCAGGCGCAGCAAGAGUAACAACCACAAAUGAUGCUGAUGGCUUGGCCAGCAGAAUUGAGGUCCUGGUAGCGAGUAUCAAGAGACGUUCCCAUCGGCUCUACAAAGAUACCGAUGGGAACAAAGGUCGUGCCAGAAUCCGCCGCAAGAUCAGGGAGGAGAAGGGCAUCCUGACAUCUGUUGUGGAGAAAUACAACAGAAUGGUUCCAAGCACAGAAAGUCUUUGCAUGGAAACCAUUCUGUCUGGUGAGACAGCUUGGCCAUGGCAGCUACCACACAGUGACUCUGUCGAUCUAAGGACAAAAAGAAGAGCGUUUGACAUCAUCAUGUCAGUAAGAAGACUUGAGGAGGAGCUGAAGAUUCUUGUGGCAGAGAUGGACCACCACUGGAAAUCUCUUUCAACUCGUGCUGAUACCCUCAGAGAGCUGUCCCACAUGUUUGCCAGUGAGACAAUGAGAAUGGCACCUCCUGACUCAAAGGCUUGGAAAUGGAAGAGGCAGAUGGAUAUGGAGGAGAGACAGGGGUGGUAGAGUUUGACGCGGUAAAAGUGUUUAACCUUCUUUUCCUCUGCCGCAGUGGAGGUGGAAGAGGGGAAGAAAGUGAGGGAAGAACAGUUGUAGAAGUAGCAGAGGAAGGAGGACAGAGAGAGGUUGGAGAGAGCGAGCAAGGCACAGGAACAAGAUUGAGAAGAAAUACAGUUUCAGGCUGCUUGGUGAGGCUCUCCGGCCGCUCCGCGGCGACGCUCUCCGGCCGCUCCGCGGGGACGCUCUCCGGCUGCUGGGCUGUGGAGGUUGCUAAAAUACAAAUUUAAUAUGUACAUAGUAACAAAGAAAUAUACAUGUAUUCUAAACAAAAACAUUACUCUUACCUUUUGUUAAGAUAAACUCAUAAGCCCUCCGCAUCUUCUCCAAAAACACUUUGGUGACAGGAGUGGGGUGCAGAUGCGUGAUAAUAUCUGCCACCCACUUAUUUGAAGCCCUUUUGUCCUGUUUCCCAAUAAAUAAAAUUGGCUUGUAUCCGACAGCCUCAAGUUUCAGCACCUGAAAUGAACAAAAGCAGUUAUUAAACUUCAUUAGUUAUUACACACAUUAAUUAGUUACAGUACACCCACUGAUGUAUUA